AUGUUUGAACACAUCCAGCUCAUCAUACAGAGGAGAAAGCACAGUGAGGCGCUGCCCCUGUAUAAACAGGCUAUGAGAGUGUGUGAGGACAAUCUGGUACGCUCACACCCACAGGUCGGAGAGAUGCUGAAGAACCUAGCUGUACUCAGCUAUGUGGAGGAAAGCAGCAGAGCUCAACAAUCCAUGGAGAUCAAAGAGGCGGAGCAGUCUCUGGUUUGUGGAAGGCCCCGUGUCGACACUCGUCCAGUGGGGACAUGUUUAGCCUGCGAGGGCCCACACCUCUCCCACAUGCCCCCAGGUGACCCCUCCCUCUACUGCCCCUUCCAAGAACACAGGUGGUGGAUCUCAUUUUGCCUUUCAUUGAUCCUGUGUGUUCAUUUCCUCGUCUCCUAGAAAUGCAUUGGUGGAGAAGGUCAGAGGGAGGGAACUUGCAUAUUCUCCUCGAAUGCAUUUUCAGGAGGUGGAAAGGAUAGAGGACAUGAAGAAUCAAGGAAGUACAAUUGAAGGCCAUCCAUGGUUCACAAUCUGCAUUCCUGAGAAGAACAACAACCAUCACACUCUGAAUAGUUCGUUAUGCUGCUUUGAGAUGGAACAGUG